ACAAUCAAUCAAACAUUAGUCCGUUCAUGGCUGGCUUGUGUGGAUGUGGAUCGACGCGCUGAACUGAGACCAGAAGGUCUGUAUGUUUAACAAAACAGGUUGGAUGAAGUCAAAGCGGAGUGUUAUAAAUGCUACUCAUGACAAGCAAACCAUGCAGAGCAGGGACAACAUAACGCAGGAAAAAACAGAACAGUGACACCACAGAUCUUUUCAACAAAACCCCCUGCAGUCAAGAUGGCAAUGAAUACCUCCGUCCAUCACAACUCGUCAACAACAUAUUGAUGUACAUCUAUAUUACUAAUGAAAAGUUGGACUCAAGUACAGUUCCAUUGAUUUCCUGUCUUCCGAAAAUAAAGACGGCUCUGGACAAUUUUUAUUUACACUUUAGAAGAACAUUACAAAAGUUUACUAGAAAUGGUGCUACUUAGUGGAGCUGUGAUGCCAAAUGCUGCCAGAGCUUGAACUGUAUGGAACCAGCAACUUUCCAGAUGAUUACUAUCAUAUAGUUGGUGCCAUUGUAUUGAGCCUUCCUUGUGUUCAGGAAUUUCUCUCUCAUACUGUACACAUGCACUGCUAUUGAAGGUUGAGCCAGGACAAGCACGAUGUUUAAGAAAUUGAAGAAGGGACGCGACAAGGAGGGAGAGUGGGGUAAGAACGAUGAGAAGGUGAUGCAAGCCGUAGAAGAUGGAGACAUUGAGAAGCUCCUAGCUGCCCUAGGCAAGAAGGGCACUUCACCCAUCAAGAUGGACCCCGAAGGAAGAGUCCCGUUGCAUCUUGCGGCAGAAUUGGGUCAGUUUGGCUGUCUGGAUAUCAUGAUUCAGCAUGGAGUAACUGUUGCCGCUGCAGACAGCCAAGGUUACACGGUGCUACAUUAUGCCUGCAUGGGUGGUCACACUGACUGUGUCCAGCGUCUGGUUUUAGCCAACGCUCCUGUCAAUGCCAAGGAACUCACAGGGAAAACAGCUCUCCAUCUCGCUGUUCUUGGUGGUCACUCGGAUUGCUGUAAGGUUAUACUGAAGGCAAAAGCAUCAGUCGAUGUAACUGAAGAAUAUGGGAAGACAGCAUUGAUGAUGGCCUCCCAGCUGGGUCAUCUAACCAUCUGUAAAGACUUGAUAGAUAAAGGGGCCAACGUGAAUGCACAAGAUCACUUGCAAAGGACUCCACUAAUGAUGGCUUGUGAGAGUAACCAUAAGGAGGUCGUGGAUCUCCUGGUCAAGCGGGGUGCACGGACUGACCUAACAGAUGCCCAGGGUUUUGAUGCCGCAUACUACGCCGAGGGAAGCAGCGGUGAUGACUUGAAGGAGUGUUUAGAGUCAGCACCAUCUGUAGCCACCUGGGAUGUCAAGGCACACAACGAGACAGAUGAUGAACCCAAAGCAGACUCCAUUGACUAUGUCGACCGCUUUGAUGCUGCUAGAUGCGAGUCUCCUCAUCCCAAAUCACCACGGCAACAGAAUGGUAAUCUUCAAGAGGUAGCUGUGGUAAACCCGCAUAAGUCUGCUGCAUCAACCAAGUCAGUGCAACAAUCUAAGGAAAUCAAGGAAAUGGAAGAGGAGAAUGAAGUCUUGUACGAGGAGCUGAGUCGUCUGACGUUAGAUCACAAGAAAGCUCAAGAGAAGAUUAAAGCACUGGAGCAACAGCUCCAACAGACAAGCAUGGUGCAUGGAGACAAUCUCAGGAACCAAGAGUUUGAAGAGGAGUUUGAAAUUCUGAAGAGGAAUCUUCAAAUGGAGAAGGACAAGAGAGCCCAAGCGGAGACCGCGACAGAAAUGCUGAAGGCACGCCUUGCAUCGAUGGGGGGUGAUGUCACUGAAGAUGAGAUUGACAGUAACUGGGGAGAUAGUGAUGAUGACCUUUUUGACCUUCCAGGCACCGGUGGUUCAGCUGUGAAAGUCAAGUCAGCCAAGAGGAUUGAUACGGCAAACAGGUUAAGCAGUGAGAGUACAGGACUGGUGGCCAUCUUACGCAGUCAGAUAGUAUCUCUACGCCAGGAGAAUGAAGAGCUGAAAAAGAAGAAUGUGGCCAACGCAUCAACAGAGCUGGAUGAUAGCCGAGUCUCACAGCUUGAAGAAGAACUGUCCUCUCUAAGGCAGGAACUGGAUGCUGUGAACGGACGUGACGUGGUCAAUGUGGAAGAAUAUAAUGAACUGAAGAAAGCCAAUAGGUUGGAGUUGGUAGAACUCCAGAAGAAUAACGGUAUUUUGAUGGAGGAGAUUGCUAACAUGUCUCAGAGGUUGGCACUCUCCACGGAUGAGAAUGAGAGACUGAAAAGGAAGACGAUGCAGGAUGGCCAAAAGAUGCCAACUCACACCCUGUCAGCAAACAGCACCCUCCAGCGGCAGUAUGACAACCUUUUACAAGAGAAGCGACACUCAGUGGAGACUAUCUCCAAACACUCCAAGGUGCUUGCUGAGAAAGGUGCGGAGUUAGACAAGCUGAAGGCCAAGUGUGCAGAGCUAACUGAACAGAACAAACAGCUGAAAGAUAUGCUGAGUGAAAAGGCCCAGAAUGGCCUGAGCACCACGGCGGAGGAAUAUGAAGCUCUGGCCACAGAGAAAGCAAGGCUGGACAACAUGGUGGCAAAGCAAUCAAAAGCUAUAGCGCAACUGAAUGAGAGAUCCAGACGGGAUAAACAGAAGUACACAGAGCUCCUUGCAGACCAAGAUAAACUCAGGACAGAGUUGGAAGGUCGGGAAAAUAGAGCCAGCGACGACAUUGAUAAGGACAGAUACGACGAUCUCAUUGAAGAGAAUCACAGGUUAAGGCAGAGUGUUAAGACACAGGAAGCUCAUCUUGCACGUAGCCCGGACAAGGACCGAUUCGACCACCUGACCAAAGAGAACUGGCGUCUCCAGGAUGAGAUAAGAAAACAAGAUGACAAGAUGAUUGAGCUCCGGCAGGAACUUCGGAAACUGCAACAAAAUAGUGGCAACAGAAACGACAACGUGAACCCUCACAACCUGGUGGCAGAUAAUCAAAAGCUCAAGGAUAAGAUCGAGAAGCUUGAAAGAGAGGAGAGUCGGAGAGCCGAGGAAGCGAGAAGAUUCACUGAACUACUCGCUGAGAAUCAUCAGCUGAAGAGGACAGUACAGGAACAAGCGGAAACCUUUGAGAGCCAGCUCCCUGCGUCGGUCGGCUUCAGCAAGAAACGCUACACGGAACUCCUGACAGAGAACAGAAAGCUGAAAGCCCAGGCGCUGGCAGAUGGAGGGGAUGGGGGAGGGGCCAGCAGGGUCAGUGACCUCAAGGAAGUCAUCCGAUUGCAGCAAAAGUUGCAGGAAGCAGAGGAGAAGUAUGAUCAGAUGGUGUCUGUUUACAGAGCACACUUACUGAACGCCAUCCAGGAUGACCUGAACCCAAAGGUACGUGAUUCUCUGGUGAAGAUAUCCAAGAUACGACGAGGCGAGGAGUUUGUUUGACAAGACCAAAAACCCAGCGUCCCAGGCGAUAAGGACCUGGUACCCAGCUUGCAGUAUUAGCCAGUAGUAACUACACUGGUAACCCAAAUGCUUCCAUCCAGUGCAUGAAUGUAUGAUGUCACAUUAAUAUUUAUACCUCGGACUCCCUUCACAAAGGUGCCCUCGAUGAUGAGUUCAAAUGUCAAUUCUACCAGGCGAGGGUGCCUCAGUCUUAUAUAUUACCUUGUCUGGAAAAUUCUUUUCACCAUAUAUAUAUUAAAGUAGGGGAUAGUACAUGGUUUACGAUAAGACUUUGUGCAGCCACAGCUGUUCUUGCUGUAGUUUCACUUGUGUGCCCGGACCUGACUGACUGUGCCACAGUAGGAUUCCAAGUCAAGUACAUCACCAUGAUCACUGGUGUGUUUAUAACCAGGAAAAACGUGCCUUCAAAAAGACAUUUUCAGUGUCGAUUUUCCUCAGUGAAAAUAUGAAAAAAGAAAUACACAUGGAAGUGUGAACCAAAAGAAAUUGGUUAUUGUAUGUAUUUUGAUUGAUGCUCCCAGACUGUAAGUGAAAAUGACACACAUUUUAAAUAUUUUCCUAAUCUAGCAGGUGCCUGUAUCAAAUUACUCGACUGAUAUUUAUUUUUCCAUGAAAAAGAACAAAGCAAUGUCAGUGGUCUUUGCAAAUAAAGUUCCCGUUUUUUUGUAAAUAGCGACUAAUGACUCUGCCUGUAAGUGAACGGUUUACAAAUGUACUUAUGGAAACCGUCUUAGAUUUUUCUGUUGCACAAGAGUGAAAGAAGCAAGAUUCCAUUUGGUUAUCCUGGAAAAAUUGUAAUAUUUGUUCAUGAUUACCAUGUCUUCAUUGAAAUUUUAGUAGUCAGAGUGAGAUUUAUGUUUUGUGUUGUGAAACAUUUCUUGUAUAAAUAAGCAAUUUUCACUCGACAAGUGCAUCUCAUGGAACUUCUCUUCACAAAGAUUCCAGAGUAUUUGCCACCUCAAUUAGUUAGAAAACAUACUGGCACUUCUCUUCUACCUCAAGGCUAUGCACAACUGCUCUCAAAACAAGCACUGAGAAUUCAAAAAUGUUUAAAGAAAAGUAAAGAAUAAUAUAUCAAUAGAAAAAAAUGGAAGCCCACCAAACAAAUGAAUGAACAAAUUAGUGAAAAGCGUAACUUUUAAUUCAUAUAAAUAAUGGCAAGAUUACUGAGUAUUAGUUCAUGCUGUGAUUAGAUGCAUUCAUAACAACAGGCAACUUCACUGCAUUGUUGUAGUUUUUCUCAACAAAGCUUGGCCAAAUGUACAAGUUACCAAAAAUCAAGUCUUUUUGCCUCAUAGCACCAUUAAAAAAAUGUGUUAUAGAACAAUUUGGAAAGUGGGUAUUUAUAAAUUUUGUAUUCUGAGAUAUUCAUGUUGCAUCUCUCUAAGCAGUGAUUUACUAUGCAUUUUUUGUUAAGAUCAUUUUCAACUACUUUAUUACAUAGUUUUAAUUUAAAAAUUGGGUAGAAAAUUUAAGGACUAACCAAAGAUAAAUUCUUUGUAUUAUAUUGAUUUUGCCUGACCAAUGUCGCUUCCCACCACUUUUACUGCAGUAUAUACCAUUUUAUUAAGAUUUCUAUUUGAUCCACCAAUCAGGCAUGGUUCCAGAGCCCUUUUUAGGGUGGGGCCUAGACCUUUUGCAUGUGAUGUCACCUUGUAACUGUCCCUACUGCUUUUUCAUUUUUAACUUAAUUUUUUUUGGGGGGGGCAUCAGGCAUCACUCCAACUUGCUCUUUAGUUGAAGAUCUUCCAGUUUAUGGGUAUAUUACGUCAGUGGUUGCUGGCCAGGUGCCAUAUUUCCAGGUGCCAUAUUUCCAGGUUCUGUGAGGUCGGGUAGUAUGCCAGAAGUCACAAAGCUAGCAACAUUUUGUUGAAAUUGUAGAAAUAUGCAAAUUUUAUUAAAAAUAACCUGAUUGGGCUGGGUUUUCAAAUAAAUUUAUUGGAAUGACAUUCAAUACAAAGCAUAUAUAUAUAUAGUUCAUAUAUUUUUGAAGUAAUUUACCCUUUGUUGAACUAUCAUGUACCGCGUGCUUAUUAAAAAUUUAAUGAGCUUUUGUCUGCAUAACACUUGACAAUUUCCCACCUGUUGAAUGAAAGCUCUGUAUGUUUACCAUAGUAUUUCAUUAUUAAUUUGUCCAUUUCACAUAGAGUUCUUCAAUUUUGCCCACCUUGUUAAUAUGCUUCCUAGAUGUGUUUGCGUGUCAAAUGAAAUCUGAAUAGGGGUGAAGCACCCGUACAUGUCUUUGCUGUUUGAAAAAUUGGGAAUUGCAUUCAGUUAUUUGCAAAAAUUACACUGGCUUUACUUCACAUUUUAAACUUACAACCUUCCUCCAUUCCAAUACUCUCCAGUUUUGGGUUUGUUUUGUUUGUUUUUUGGUUCGUUUUAAAAAGAAAUGUGCCAAAUUUGCAGACUUUGCUGUGUAAACCUCAGCUUGAAUGUGAAUCUUGAAUCUAUUUUCAUAGCAGAAAUCAUGCCAUGUGCUGGCAAAGAUCAGACAAAAGAGCAACUCCACAAUUAUAGACCAGUUCAAGUAGCACUCGGAGACUCUUUUCAAGCACGUGACCAAAUAUGCAGGAUCAGCAAAACCAGACUGCCUCAAAGUGGUGUGAAUAAAUGUAUAGUACUCGAUCCCUACACUUUCAAGAACAGUGACAGAAUAAUCUCUGGUCUUUAUAAGCUUCCAAAUUGGGUCAGGAUAUUGCGUUUGUUGAAGCAUUCCACAGCACAGCUUCAUUUCAAUAACAGAUUGUUUCUAGUUACUUUCCUCAUUAAUAAGUAGGGACCUUUGCCUUUAAAGGAGCCAUGUAAUGGGAUUUUUACUUGAAAACAUGUUGCAUAGCAUAAGUUACAUGUUGCGAUGACUUUCUACCACCUUUGUAGCAGUAAAAAAGAGACAUUUCAGCAUUUUUGAGUUAUGCUCAUGAAGCUUUCUAUUUUCACAAGCUAAAACAAGUCAUUCAAAGUGUACCAGGAGUGUCCCAUUGCUUUGUGUACAAUAUAUGUAUCCUACUGUGCUACAUUUUGGUUGGAGUGGGUUCCACUUGAGUGGUCAAGUUAAACAGCGUGUUACGACAAUAGCAGAGGCCCCUGCGUGCAUUUCUCCACAGAAUGGAUUGAUUUUUGUAUUUUUCUUAUACUCUUUUGGUGAGGAAUUUUUUUUAUGACAACAUCAAAAUGGCACCCUUGUACAAAUGUUGGCAGCAUCAUUUGCUCAGAAUUAAAAACUACUACUGUUCCUUGUUUUCACUUUUAAUGAAAACAAGUAUUUGGAUCUUGUUCGUAUUGUUGUAACACACAGCAGUAUGCAUGAAAACAAGAUGAGCUGAAUAGCCAUUGCAUGUCAGUGAAACAUGUUAGGUUAGAUGCGUAUUCCCUCAAGCUGUCGGGCUAUUGUGAGAAAGAAAUCAAAUCUCAAGCAACCACUUUCGGUGCACAAGGAAAAUGAGAACAUUGUACACUCUGUUCACUCCAGCAUACCUUGGGCAUUUCAGCUAGAUUAAAGGAAUUUAGGAUAAUGUACACAUUCCUGGCUAAAUCAUAAAUAUGCAUGACACGCAUUCACUUAUUGGCUGAUUUCACUAAAUAAGUGUUUGAAUUUUUGUAAAUAUAUUUAUUAUAUAUCCAGCAAAUUUCUACUUAAAUACUUAUGCAUUACUAAGUGACCAGCUAAUACAACAAACAGUUGAAAAACCAUUCUCUAUUUAAAUUCAACUAUUGUGUAUUCUUGACACUUUAAGGAUGAAGUCAAUAAAUGUAUAUAUAUAUUUUGGUUGCAUUGAA